AUCGUGGAUUCAGGUAACUAAAAGCUUUUCUACUCUCUCCGUUGGAGAAGGAAGAGUCUGUUUCCGGCGAGCUCUACAGAUUUACGGCGAAGGCAAAUCGUUACAGCUACAUGGAACACAAGAUCUAGUUUCUUCUAGUUAGAGACGAAAGAUUGAAUGGCUAACACUGCCUGCUUUAUUAUUGUGGGUCGGAAUGAUAUUCCCAUCUAUGAAGCUGAAGUUGGAUCUGCUGCCAAAAGAGAAGAUGCUGCUCAGUUGCACCAAUUUAUAUUACAUGCCGCGUUAGAUGUUGUCCAAGACCUAGCAUGGACUACAAGUGCCAUGUUCUUGAAGUCAGUAGACAGGUUUAACGAUCUGGUUGUGUCAGUGUAUGUUACCGCAGGCCAUACCCGACUCAUGCUCCUUCAUGAUUCUCGCAAUGAGGACGGCAUCAAGAGCUUCUUUCAAGAGGUGCAUGAGCUUUAUAUAAAGAUUCUUCUGAACCCCUUGUAUCUUCCUGGUUCUCGGAUUACGUCGUCACAUUUUGACACCAAAGUACGUGCACUUGCAAGAAAGUAUCUGUAGAGAAGAAGGAGAUUCUGUUUGCAUUUGGUGGGUGAGGUCCAAUGCCCAAUUUACGCUUGUAUCCAUAUCGCAUAGUUCUCAGGUCAAUUUGUUUCUCUUUUCUUUUGAGUGCCUGGAUUUCUGUUAUUUCUAACUUGCAAGCAACAUUUCAAUAUUAUUGGGAUUCCUUGUUUAGUAUGAGUAAUGAUCCAUUCAAUCCAAACCCACAAUUUCAUC